GAAGUCACGCAUGUGUGUUAUACUUUAGCAGCUGUUCACUUUUACAAAAGUUGGCCUAGAAAGAGUCUUCAAAUAUGCCUUCAGCCGAUACAUCUAAACCCAUUAGCUGGGCAGACCAAGUAGAGGAAGGAGAUUUGAGGAGUAUUCCACCUCCUGAAGAAUUGUUUGAAGGAGAUUUCAAGAAGUUGAUUGAAUACAAACGAGAUGAAGAUGGAAAAUUGAUAAAGAUCACACGCACAUUUAAGAUUGAGAAGAGGAAAGCCUCCAAGUCAGUAGCUCAACGAAAGCAAUGGGCAAAGUAUGGAAACUCAGCAAGUGAUCCACCUGGUCCUAAUCCAAGUACUACUGCUAUUGUACACGAUGAAGUCUUCAUGAACUUUGUGUCAAACAAAGAUAAUGAGAAGCAGCAGUCUACAGAAGACCAACUAGAGAAGCUCAAAGCCAAGCGUAUCAUGGUAUGCCGUGUGUGCAAGGGGGAGCAUUGGACCACGAAGUGUCCCUACAAGGAAUCCUUGGAACCGCUUCAACAGCAGCUCCUUAACAGUGGAGGGGAUUCCACAGGUGCACAGGAUGGAGAGACCGGUAAUACCGGUACGGAAGGCUCUAAAGUUGGAUCAGGAACCGGCUCGGUGGGUAAAUACAUUCCACCUGGUGCAAGGGACGGAGGAAAGAGGAGAGGGGAAUCCAUGGCAGGAAACAAAAGAGAUGAAGCUGCCACCAUAAGAGUGACAAACUUGUCAGAAGACACGCAAGAGAGUGAUCUACAGACCCUGUUUAAACCGUUUGGUGCUAUUCAGAGAAUCUUCCUGGCUCAAUGUAAAGUCACUGGACAGUCUAAGGGUUUUGCUUUCAUCAAUUACUUUUUCCGGGAGAGUGCAGCCAAAGCCAUUGAAUGUUUGUCAGGUUAUGGAUAUGAUCAUUUAAUCUUGAAGGUAGAAUGGGCCAAGCCAUCUGGACACCAGCACUGAGGAUCAAGUUGAACUUGUCAUCAAUGAUAUCAAAUUUAAUUUCCACAAUAUACUACAAGCAUUAUGUCAGACAUGGUUGUUAUUGAACAUCAUCAGGAGUGGCGCCACAGGGGGGGGGUGACUGCCUCCCCCCCCCUGUAAUUUUCAAGUCGUAAAAAAGAACAAGGGCGGUAAACUAAGACCCCAAAAAUAGUGGGAAAAGGGAAGGAAGACAAGAUUAAAUUAUUGGAAGAGAGGUCUGAACCAUGUAAAUCUAUGUUACCCCUGUCAUUUUAUUAAUAAAAGUGUCUUAGUGUCAUUUUAUUAAAACAAGUGUCAAAACAAAAACUUUUUUGAGUCAUCGUGCCCCCCCCCCCCCCAUCAAAACACCCUGGUGCCACCCCUGAUCUGAUAAUCAUGCAUGUGAUACUGAUUGAUAAUGUUAUUUUCAAACUGAAUACAAAUGAUGAUUUACUGUAGUUAUUUUAAAGAGUCUAAAGAAGAGAUUUACUGAAGAAAUGUAAUACUCAUCUGUUUAUGCAGCAAAAGAUAAUCUGAAUGUUUAAAACUAAAAGAAACCAAAAUUGCAGAAAAUUGAUGUCUCGAGGGAUAAAAGUGCUGAUAUAACAUUGCUUAUGGUACUUUUCAUACAGCUUAAGUAUAUUUCUUCUCAAUAUUCUAUUUAUCAUUGUCAUAUUCUCCUGGUAUCAUAUACUCUAAAAUGUUCUUUUAUUUAAUGUAAUUUUAAAAAUCUCAAAUUAGUUUUCAUAUUUGUCACUAGAGUUCUUAACACAAUUUGCUAGAGAAUUCAAUAUUCCUUGUUUUUAAAAUUUAGCAUGGGAUUCAUUCCAAUUGCUGGGUCUUUUCCCCAGCAAUGAU